UGAAUCAGGAACAAACAAGUAAGCAGCAAAUUACGAAAAGAGUGAAGCAAUGUUAAGAGCAACUCAUUUCCCACUCACAAGAUACCCAACUGUCUUUGCUCUCAGGCAGUCUUUGGUUCCAAUUCUCAGCAUCUCUUCCUUCCCUUCUUCUUUUCUUCAGAAACUCUCCACAUUUUCUGCUUUUCACUCAUUCUCCAAUCCCCUCUCACCCACCCGCCCUUCUCUUGUAGCUCUUACUCCCAGGCAACUCUCUCCCAUGGUGGGUCAUCCACAACUCAGACCAUCAGCUUCAUUUAACUCUGAGAGUAGCUCUGGAGGUAGCAGAGAAAUAUUGGUUCAGCACUUACUUCUAAAAGAAGAUGAUCAGAAGCUCUUGUUGGAGCUUCAACAGAGAAUUGCAGAAGGAGAGGAUUUAAGUGAUCUUGCGGUUGAAUACUCAAUAUGUCCAUCCAAAGAAGAGGGAGGAAUGCUUGGCUGGGUGAGAAAGGGGCAAAUGGUACCAGAAUUUGAGGAGGCUGCAUUCAGUGCACCUUUAAACAAAGUUGUGAAAUGUAAAACUAAUUUUGGAUGGCACUUGUUACAAGUUCUAUCUGAGAGGGAAGAAUCAUUGCUUAAAGACAUUCAACCAGAGGAGUUUCAUGCAAAAAUGCAAGAUCCCAGUUUCAUUGAAGAGGCACAGUUGAUAGAUGUCCGGGAACCUGAAGAAGUGUCCCAAGCUUCUUUGCCAGGAUUCCAGGUUCUUCCUCUCCGCCAGUUUGGAAUUUGGGGACCAGAAAUAACUAGCAAGUUUGAUCCAAUGAAGGAUACAUAUGUCAUGGGUCAUGUUUAUUAGUAUAAAUGGAGUUGCUGGUUGGUACUAAAUGAUGUUAGUAGAUUUGGCAUUUGGUGCAUCACCUGUGGCCUUGCAUGUGUUAUUACUUGGUUUCCACUCGUUUGAACUUCCUUGGAGAGGCAUUGGUGGAAGAAUAGGCUUGAAUCUCCCAUAGAAUUUUCAAAUUUUCUUAGUUUCAGCACUCCUUUUUCUUAUAAGGCUAUCGAUAAAUUGAAAAUCUAUUCUUCCUAGAUUUUAUAGGUUCCUACUUAGUUUCUAUAGGUUAAUUUUUUGGUGGGCCUGUGAAGCUAAUUUUCUUGACUAACCAGCCCUGGAGUCUUUAUUUGGAUUAACUAGUCUGUCUGACUUUCUUUCGGUGUAUUGGAUGGAUUUUAAGUACUUUCUUCCAUGAUCACAUGGUCGUUUCAUGCUUGCCUCUAAAAGCCAACUCCAACCAGAAAUUCAACUAUUCUUCCAUUGAAAUUUGGAUAAGCUGCAGAUUGGGUGUGUCUUUGUUGAGGAGCUCAAAUGUAGUUUUAAUUAAUGUGUCCAUGGAAGUAGGGUAAAUUGUCAGAGAUCCUAAGCUUUAAUUUUUGGACUUCUGGAAGCCAAGUACAGGAGAUCUUAUUGUGGUUGUGGUAAUUGUUCAACUGAAAAGCCUUUUGUUGGAGCAUCCCUAGGUUUUUACAUCUCUUAAUCGGAGGGGACUCUCUUCUGAUGCUAUUGGUUGAGUGAGAUCUGGUUAAUUAUGUUUCUGGCUAUACGCAAAGAGGAUGUGCAAAGAUAAAAUUAGAAAUCAAAUAAUCCUAAUAGUAGCUGAUCAAGAGAGCUGAUUUUCUGGGCAAAGAAGGCACAAGAAUCAGUAAUUCUUUUGUGUUAAUUUUUUUGUUCGUGUUUUAUAGCUGUUUUCUGGAUUUGGAAUAUUUCUCUGGUCACAGCUAGUCAAGGUUUUUCUUAGUUGAUGCAAUUACACUGGCUGGCUUCUGUCAUAUUGCACUGUGUAACCACUGAUAUAUUACCUUUGAAUGUACUAGAUUGUUUAUCUUUAAGCUAUUUGUUAUGGAUUUCGGCAGGGGAGAUUAAUAAUUGGUAUCUAUUAUAGUAUCUGGUUGCACUCUUGCCCAUGAAUAGUUUGUUUCCAUUAUAAAAGGAAUCUUCCAGCCAUGAGCUUCUGUACCUGGUUUUCCCUUAUUGUUCUGUUUUCAAAGGCACAAUUUGUGCAAGAUCUUCACUGUGUAAAUUCAUGGGAUAAACUCCUUUCAUUUCUA